UUUUUUUACAAAUAUUUUAUUCUUAUAAUAUUUAAUUAUGUAUAAAAAGUGAGUAUUUUACUAAACGAGACCUUUUUUUUAAUCGGUUUUUAAUUUUUCCAAGUGCAUCGCACCAUGUUUAAGAAAGCCGUACAUAGUAGUUAAUAAAUUUAUAUCCCUAUAAAUACAUGAUCUACUCGUUAAGCUAAGUUUCUUCUUCAAUUCUAUAGCUCGAUAAUUGUUGUUCGAACAGCAACUUAGACAAAAUGUACGAAAUAUUCCUUGCAUGCACGAGAAAGCGGUUUGACUAGUUGAUAAACUGCCAACAGAGUGCAGCUACUGCGCUGUCAGUGACCAUUUCCUGCCUUCUUGUCCUCCCGCCGCGAAGCAGCACUGACGGUGCGUGGACAGUGUUGCCAUAGAUAUUCAUGUGAAUUCAUGUUCCGGUGUUUAGCAAAAACGUUUUCUUGUGAAAACUAGAUAAUGGGUAAAAGAAAAAUAUCCUAUCGUGUUAAAAAAAAAGGGUAAAAAAGCUUUAGCAGUUUGUUUGACCUGGCAAAAAAGAAAAGAAAAUGAACUGACACAAAAGAAAGAUGAAUCCCAAGCGUUACUGAAGUAAACCAAUUCCAGGAUGCCCUACAGUAAGUAAAUUUAAUUUUAUUUUAUUAAUUUUAAAUAUGUAAUCCUUAAAUAUCACAAUGUUCUGCCGGGAUAUGUUCUUCUUGCUUUACUAGACAUUCUAGAACUGCGUAUUUUUUUUAUCUUGCUGCAGUAUAAACUAUAUAAACCUAAUUGUUUCUUAGCUGUUUUUGAAAAAAAAAUUAUAUUUGGGCUCGGUUGUAUACCGUUUAAACUAUAGUAAUAAUUAGAGUAUAAAUAUUUGCGAGGGCAGUGACAGAUGGUGAUGUCACUUCAGUCGUGCCACAUUAUCUUGUCCUAAUCCAGUGAACAUGUGAUUGAACCCACAUUUUUUAGUUAUAUUAUUAGUCACUUAAGAGUUUUGAGUACGCAUAUAAUCCAUUGACAGCAACGCAGACGCACAAUUAUAUAAUAGUAUGCAAUUCGUCUUGAAGUUAAUCAGUGACACAUAAUUUUUUUCUAGUGUCGUAAACCUCAGUAACAAGAGUAACACAAGUGCACGUAGCGUCGUUUAUAUCAAAACAAUACCGACAGUAGGCCUACCCCGAAGCAUCAGUGAUAGACAAAUAAAUAAACUUAACGUUUUCACUAAAAAUACGAAACAUAUCUCUAAUAUCUUUCUUUAUGUAAAUACAAUAUAACUAAUAUUGACUUUACCUGAGAAGGCCUGGAAAAAUCGGAGUUAAUAAUAAAACUAGCAAGAGAAUGUAGAAACAAUCGUAUACCUACUUCAAGUGUGUUAACAAGUAACCAAUGAAUAGUUUAAAAAAAUUGCUUUAUUAAGAAAUACACAUCAGUGAUUAGUAUACAUUAAAUGUCAUAGGUCCUGGAACCUCUGAAUUUUUCAUGCCUCUAAUUGUUUUGACAAUUUGUGUUUAGUAGGUAUAUAUUAAAGAUAAAAAAUAAGUUUCAGGAAAAUGCUUGAUGCUUAGACUUUUUUUAUCAAAGACAAAAAUUCCUGAAUGACCGAGUUAAAAAAUAUUAGGCAAUAUCCUCUUUGUGAGUGGAUAUUGCCUAAGUACCUAUAGUCUACAAAUUUCUACAACAUUCAAAGUACAGCCAAAUAACAAAUUUUGAAUGAUAUUAGUCAGAAAGUGUGUCUACUGGUGUACCACAAGAUUUUGAAACAUUUUUGAGAAAAUUAAUUUUCAAACAGGAAAAUGUUGAGCUACAAAUUUAUAAAAAGGCUAGCACCAAGAGGCUCUAGUUAGAUUUUAGACUGGUGAGGGGAUCUUUAAUAUCUUCUCCCUGGGAUAAGGACUAAGUGUUCGUAAUCUCCCUUUCACCAUAAUACCAUGGAAGGCAAUGGCAAACCACUAUAGCAUCAUCGGAAAAACGUACGCCCCGGACACGCAGUCAAAGUUCAUGUUUGUGGGCAGAGUUUUAUUGGGAUCUCCUCUAAUUUUUGUAUUUUUUUACAUUGAUACACUAAUAUGCGAAUUUCUUAAAUAAGAAUUAAUAUUUGUUUGUUUUCUUGGAGAGUAGUUUUAAAUUUAAUACACGCCUGGACUCGAAAUGCAGCUUUCUCAUUGGCCAUGAGGAAAGGAAUAUACAGGCCAGUCACCCUGUUUGGUACAGUUAGCUCUGGCAUGGCUGGUUCCACAACACUCGCUUGCAGCCCAGUAGGAUGUCCCUUCACAGAGGAUGCCUAUCCUGCCACUGUUUCUUUUGAAGAAGAGUGCCGUGCGGUCAAGCUGUAGCUCAUAGUUUUGAUUACUAAAUAUUUAAUGAAAGUCUAAAUUAAACAUAUAAUAGAGUCCUUAUGUAUUAAACCAUUAUAAUAACAAAUAAAAAAAUUAAAUGGCUUACAUAUUACAAAUGUAAAUGAAAAGUAAAAAUUACCACACAUCAAUAUAGGCCAGCUUGCGUUUUGAUUGAGCAAAUGUCCCUAGUGGCAUAACAGAGAAAAAUUUGGGUUGAUUUAAAAUUGUCUCUAUUUGCAUCACAUUUUGUCUCAAAGCUGUUAUUCUUUUUUUGUGUGCACUUUGCAAAGACAUUUGCAUUAUUUACCUUUAUUAUCCUUGUGAAAAAAAUAUAAUGCUGUAUAUUACAUAUUGACUAUGCUUUUCUUAUUCUAGACAAGAUACAACUCAACAACCUAGCACAUCGGCACCAAAAACAUGCGAAGAAUUCCCAUCACUGGUUGUCACGAAAAGUACAGAAAAAAUUAAAUGCUCCUGGAAUGAAUUGAAAGGAAAUAGAAUUAUCAACCCGAGCUAUGUGUUUCCAAACAUUUUUGAAAUAGGAAGUGAACACUCCAAGCAGUGUACAUUUGGGAAUAUUGGUUUCAAAAAUGAAAUCAGCGUUGGGCUCCAUUGCAAAUUGGUAUUUGAAUGUGAUACAUGUCAUCGCAAUUACGCAAUAAGCAAUGAAGAAACGGGGCAUGGUGACAUGAACAGUGCUGGUACAUGGGCUACAGUUACCUCCGGGAUCAGUUUUUCUCAGUUUGAGAAUGUUCUUGGAGUACUGGAUGUUCCAGCAAUGAGUAAAAAUACAUUCCUAAAGAAGGAAGUGGAAGUAGAGAAGGUGUGGUUGAAACACAUUGACAAUGCGCUAGUUGAAGCCGGAAUUGAGGAAAGACGUCUAGCGAUAGAAAAGGGAGAUGUUGAUGAUGGUAUGCCAUUUAUCACUGUGAUCGUAGAUGGUGGCUGGAGUAAGCGCAGCUAUGGUCAUAAUUACACUGCAACGUCUGGCAUGGCUGUGAUAAUUGCGGAAAGAACAGGCCAGUUAUUAUUCUUGGGAGUCAGGAAUAAAUAUUGUUGCAUAUGUGACAGAGCAACAAAGAUUGGCAUGGAAGCAAAACCUCAUCUGUGUUACAAAAACUGGGAUGAAAACAAACCCUCGACAGCAAUGGAACAGGACAUUAAUGUCGAAGGUUUUAAAAUGAGUGAGAAAAUGCAUGGUGUGAGAUACAAAUACUUUGUUGGGGAUGGGGAUUCGAGUGUUUAUGCGAAGUUAGUCCAAAAUGUUUCGUAUGGUCGUACGAUUCAAAAACUAGAGUGUGCCAACCACUGCAUAAAAAAUUACACUGGGCAUUUGCACAAGUUGGCAGCUGACAAAACAUUUCCACCAGAUUCAAGAAAGCUUCUCAAGCAGUCAAUACCACGGUUAACUGCAGCAGCUCGAGGUGCCAUUCGGCACUGUGCCGAUGAAGGAGAAACAGUUGAUGAUUCCAUCAGUGACUUAAAAAAUUGGCCAUAUCAUGUUUUUGGAGAGCAUGCCCAGUGCAGAAAUUAUUUCUGUCAAAAGGUUGAAAGUAAUGAGAAUUUAAAAAUUAUUACAAAUGCAAAAUUAUUGGAUGAAAUAACAGCACUGGUCAGUCGUCUAGAACAGAAGGCCCCAAGAUUGAUCAAGAACAAAACAAGCAAUGCAGCAGAGUUCUACAUGAGCUUGCUGGCAAAAUACAAUUGUGGGAAAAGGAUAAACUUAGGUCAGCGAGGGUCAUUUCAGCGUAGGUGUUAUGUUGCUGGUUCAGAAAGGUCAUGUUUGGGAACAAAGCCCAUUUAAAGCACUGACAGGCCAUAGUCCAGGACAAACCCACAAGAAGUUGGUACUGCAGAAAACUCAUCGACGCGAAGCAAAAAAACGCAGACGACUUGAGUACCCAGAUGUCAGACCAACAAAACGAUCCAGAUUAUCUUUCCCACCUGAUGCCGAUUAUGGACCCGAUGCCGAAGAACCAGAAGAUGCCGAAUCAUUGCAACAGAGAUGCUGUGACUUUAUUGGUUCCUUACAAGUUACUGCAGAAGAUGGGAUAAGUGUGUGAAGGAUACCUGCUCAAAAAGAGAGAGUCAAUUGUGGCAUGAUAUGAGACGCUCUCGACUAACGGCGAGCAAUUUCGGAGCUGUGUGCAAACGAAAAGACACAACACCCUGCACAAAUUUUGUUAAGAAAUUGCUGUACCAACCACGUGUAAUAACACCAGCUAUGGAGUACGGACUUCGCAACGAGUAUCUUGCCAUUAAACGGUUUGAAAAGGACACUGGCUUAACUGUGGCCAAGUUUGGCUUAUUUGUAGACCUGGAAAAUGGAUUUUUGGCAGCAAGUCCUGAUGGAUUGAUACAAGAAGAAAAUGCAGUGCUGGAGGUCAAAUGUGUUCCUUCAGCUAGGCAACAGGGACUGAUAACGACUGCUAAAGAGAAAAAAGGAUUUUUCUUGGAAGUAACUACAGAAAAUAGCGUGAAACUUUGGAGGAACCAUAACUAUUUUUACCAAGUACAAGGUGUUCUCAACAUAACUGACCGUGUUUUGUGUUAUCUUGUUGUUAUGACUGAUAAAAAUGAAAGCUUGUUCAUUGAAAAAAUAUAUAGAGACGAAAGAUUUUGGAAAGAUGAAAUGCUACCUAAACUGGAAAAAUUUUACAAGCACUGUCUUCUACCAGAACUUGUUUUGCCUAUUUUUCCAACAAGAUUUGCAAUUCGAGAGCCUGCGUACAUUUUAGAAGCACAAAAGGUGGCAGAGAAAAUAAAAAUUAAGAAGAAAACCAGGAAAUAAUAUGAAAUUGGAGUGAAAAUGGCCAGAUGUUUUGCAUGACUUUUGUUGCAGUUUUCAAGAAAAAAAUAAUAUGUUUGUAGUUGUAUAUUAAUGACAAUUCUUUCAGACGAAAACACAUAGUUUUUAAAUUGUUCAUAAGGUCUCGUCGACAGCGCGGAACUCGCACGCAAAUCUCGCACCACAAGAUGGCUUCCAACAGGAAGAUUUUUAGUUUGGUAUUAAAGUGCCGGUACAACAAUAAACUGGAAAUUAAGAUAACGUUACUUAUUUGUAUAUUGCUUGUUAAUUUUAACGUCGUCGAACUAGAUAAGCAAAUCAAACAGGCAAACCAUGUUCUAAAUGUGUAUGUACUAACUAUUACUUUUAAGACCAUUCCUAGUGUGAAAUUUUUACGGUGGUUUCAAGCACAGCUACAAAAUAUUAUUUUUGGAAUGUUUAUGAUAUUUAACUACCUACCUAGUCUCGAUGCAUAAAUAAUUGUAUUAAAAAAAAUUCCCAUUCAAUUUAAUAAGGUAAAUAAUGUUGGCAGCUUUAUUGCACAUAUGGCUUGCACAAUUAAAUAAUUUCAGUUAAUUACAUCUGCACAGUUUAUUUGACAGUAUAUUCUCUUCUUUGUUAUUACAACUUAUUGUACACAAUCAUACUAUGAUUGGAGUAAAUUAAAUGUAUUAUCAUUAUUGCAAGUAGCCUAUCUUAUCUGAAAUGUUGUAUGAUUUUAAACAUUUGUGAUUUAUUUGUUUAUUUCUGUUAUUCUAUGAGUUGUCAUAAUAAACUAGGCAGUGAAAGAUACAUGAUUUCAGUUUUGUAAUCAUGCACAUUUUGAUUGUUUUAUUUUGUAAAUUGUAAAUAGUUUUUAUGGUUGGUACAUGUUUCACAGAUUACAUAUUUAAAAAUAUAUAAUUGUAAUAUGUUUUUGAUAUUUUUAAAGUGUACUAUGUUUGGUGCAUUAUUACUAAUUUGCUAUGCUUAUGGCAAUAACAUUUACAUUUAAAGGAAAAAUAAACAAAA